AUGGCCGAGGUCGCAGGCGCCUCGGCUUCACCUCCUCCUCCCGCCUCCGCCAGCGGCGGCGACCGCAAGCGUGGCCGCUCUUCACCGUCGCUCCCGCCGCCGCCACCCGGGCCCCCUCCGCCGGGCGCGCAGGGGAGCAAGAGGCACCGCAGGGACGACGGUUGUGGCGGGGGCGGGGGCGGGUUCGACCGGCGCCGGCUCGGGGGUGUUGGGUACGAUAACCACGACGACAGGAGGUAUGGAAAUGAUCAUGGUGGCACAGGAGGAAGAGGUGGAUAUGGUGAUGAGAGAGGCCAGGGUAGACACUUCAAUCGUGCACCAGAUUGGCUUGAUUCUGGACGUGGUGGAUGGAAUGAAGGCCCUGGUAACUCUCGUAGGGAAGGCCUCAUGUCUUACAAGCAGUUCAUGCAGGAGCUUGAAGAUGAUGUUUCACCAGAUGAAGCUCAACGCAGAUAUGAGGAGUACAAGUCAGAGUACAUUACAACUCAGAAGAAAGCUUACUUUGACCUUCAUAAGCAUGAAGAUUGGUUGAGAAAUAAGUACCAUCCUACUAAUCUUGAAUCUGCCAUGGAAGGAAGGAAUGAAGUUGCACGGACUAUUGCAAAUGAAUUCUUCCAAGAUUUGCAGAGUGGGACUUUAGACAUUGGCCCGGGAUUAACAAGUACUGCAACAAACAAAUCCGGAACUAGCGUAGAUGAUGCGGAUGCUAAUGGGAAAAAAGGGAAACUUGGAAAGGGCCAGGAUGAUUUAUAUUAUGCUGCUCCUAAGGCCCAUCCAGUUAGCUCCGAGCCUCGGCGAAUUAGAAUUGACAUUGAACUAGCUCAAGCUCUCAUUUGUAAACUUGAUUCUGAGAAGGGUAUUGAGAAUAAUGUUCUGUCGGGUAGUGAUCAUGACAGAGCAGAUAAAGAUAAGUCACAUGGCUCAAUGGGACCAAUUGUAAUAAUUCGGGGCUCAUCUGCUGUAAAGGGUCUUGAGGGCGCUGAGUUACUGGACACUCUUGUUACCUAUUUGUGGCGUAUCCAUGGUGUGGAUUAUUAUGGGAUGUCCGAAACAAAUGAGCCCAAAGGUCUAAGGCAUGUAAAGGCAGACUCAAGGACGUUUAAUGGGGCUAGCUCAAAUGCUGCUGAAUGGGAGAAGAAACUCGAUUCAUUCUGGCAAGAUAGGAUUCAAGGCCAGGAUCCAAUGGAAAUAUUGAAAGCAAAGGAGAAGAUUGAUGCAGCUGCUAGUGAAGUGCUGGAUCCACAUGUGAGAAAAAUAAGAGAUGAAAAGUAUGGAUGGAAAUAUGGCUGUGGAGCUAAAGGCUGCACAAAACUUUUCCAUGCUCCCGAGUUUGUCCUGAAGCAUCUCAAACUCAAACAUACAGAUUUGGUUGUGGAGCUGACUUCGAAAGUGAGAGAGAAUAUAUAUUUUGAGAACUAUAUGAGUGAUCCCAAGGCGCCUGGUGGGACACCUAUCAUGCAGCAAUCUGCUCCAAGGGAGAAAGUCAGACAGCGGCCACCAAUAGAGAGUCGACUGAGAGAUGAACGUGGCAAUCGUAGGUUUGAUAGAAAUGAUUCACCGACCCAUGAUGGAUCCAGUGACAACCCUGAUGAUCCAGUAUAUGGUUCUUAUGGUGAUCCGGUUAUGCAUGGCGCCUUUCCUCCGGAUAUUCCUGCUCCUCCAGUGUUGAUGCCUGUGCCUGGUGCUGGCCCACUAGGACCAUUUAUUCCUGCACCACCUGAAGUUGCUAUGCGUAUGAUGAGAGAUCAGGGUGGACCACCACCUUUUGAGUCAACUGGUGGUCAACGUCCUAGGAGAGCAGGGAGGGGUGGCGUUCUUCCAAUGGGUGGUCCAUCACCAAUCCUUGCUGCUCCUUUACCACCCCCUCAUAUGCAUGAUCCACGCAAAAUACGAAGCUACCAAGACCUUGAUGCUCCUGAAGAUGAAGUAACUGUUAUGGACUACCGAAGCUUGUAGAGGCACUGGGCACACGAUCCUUUUUUGUAUCCGGCAAACUGUAGGUAACAUUACACCGCAACAAGACGGCGCCCAGCUCCAGACUUUUUUGUGAACGAAAACAGGUAGGACUUUGCUGCGGUUCUUAGCUCUGCUAUUACUUGUGUCUGUAAAAUGGAUCACAGGAAAAAAAAAAACGGACGAGGAGCAUAUUAUUCUCAUUCAGAAAGUCUUGUGUUUCUUUUUGCAGCAAAGUUAGCCUCACCAAAUGUCUCCAGUACCCUCCACUGUGUAUGCACAACUUAUAUUUUCAGCUAUUGGCUGUGAGUAGAUUGGAAGCUAAUGCAUCGCAAUUAGCACACGCGUUGGACACA